CCACUAAUUAGCAUUUUCCAAAAGUAAAAUAUGGUAAUAGAAAUAAUAUCACGAGAUGCUACUUGCGAUCUGAAACAAUUCUCCUAAGCGGCACUCGCUUUCUCUCUAACACCGGUGCUUUCUCUUCCGCCGGCGACACUAUCUCUUCCAACGGUUCUCUCUAUUACUCACAGAUUGCACUUCCAGUGCUCCUCUUCUCUUCAACCUUGCACCCUAUCUCUCUCACAACAGGGUAUGGUAAAAACAAGUAAAAUCUUACUGUAACGAGGAUUACUAUCGAUUUGCCUCAUUUGUAUAUUGAUAUUAGACACCAUGAUGAAACCACUACCGAUUAGGAUUUUGACAUUGAUUUCUAUGUCCUGUCUCUUCCCAUUCCUAUGUACAAUGGCAACAAUGUUGUCUAUAUCCUCUUGAUAGAAACCAUCGACUCCUUAACUCAAUUUUUCAUUAUUAUAUUCAUCAUCCAACAACAACAUCAUCGUCAUUCCUCUAUUUUAUCUCCUAUUUCUCUUCUCAAUCUCUAAUACUAUAUACUAUUUAUAUUCCAUACUUCAACUACAAUAAUGCUCAAAUUUCAAUUCAUCAAAUUCUCCUCUUUUUUUCCUUCAAAACCCUCAUUUUUUCCUCUUUCAAUUUCCACUACAAUUAAGCUCAAAUCACAAAUGGCUUCUUACUCUUCUUAUUCUUCUUCCAAACUCUUGUUUCGUCAGCUUUUUGAAAAGGAAUCAUCUACUUACACUUACCUUCUUGCUGAUGCUUCACAUGCUGAAAAACCAGCACUUUUGAUUGACCCUGUUGAUAGGACAGUAGAUAGAGACUUAUCACUUAUUCAAGAAUUGGGUUUGAAGCUUGUGUAUGCUUUGAAUACACAUGUACAUGCUGAUCAUGUUACUGGGACUGGCCUCAUCAAGAGCAAAGUUCCUGAUGUAAAGUCUGUUAUUUCAAAAGCAAGUGGUGCAACGGCAGAUAUUUAUGUAGAGCAGGGUGAUAAAAUCCGUUUCGGCAAUCUUUAUAUAGAGGUUCGUGCAACUCCCGGCCACACCUUAGGUUGCCUUACCUAUGUUACAGGAGAUGGACCUGAUCAACCUCAACCUAGAAUGGCAUUCACCGGGGAUACCCUGUUAAUUCGCGGAUGUGGAAGGACCGACUUUCAGGGUGGUAGUUCAGAGAAUCUUUACAAAUCGGUCCAUUCACAGAUAUUUACGUUGCCGAAAGAUACAUUACUCUAUCCAGCUCAUGACUACAAAGGAUUCUCUGUAAGUACCGUCGGAGAGGAGAUACAGUAUAACCCGCGCCUAACAAAAGAUGAGGAAACUUUCAAGAACAUCAUGGGAAAUCUUAACUUGUCAUAUCCAAAAAUGAUCGACGUAGCUGUUCCGGCAAAUAUGGUUUGUGGAAUCCAAUCCAAAACAGGCUGAGCUUUUAACGGUCUUGUCUGACAGUCACAUGACGAUGUUAUUUAACACGAAGGCAUUGCUAGUAAAGGAAAAUAAAUAAUGCUAAUUGUUCUUUGUGUUGAAAAGGAAAAGGAAAAUGAAGAUUGUAAACAAAUAAAUUGAUGAUUAUUGAACUCAAUAUUAUUAUGCUGUGUUCUAUUCUAUUUGGUUACAAAAUAAUGCCGAAAUGGUUAGGCUGGAUGCUAUGACUGGGGUUCGAACCCCAACUCUCUCACUCGUGUGUGUGUGAGUUUAUGAUGACUUUGUCAUUUCGUCUAUGUACCAAAAAAAAAAGUCUCUUGUAUUAUAGGCAGUCUUGCCACCACAAGAAUGAUAUGAACUAGUUCGUUCGAUCACAGUGCAGCAUGGGGCUCAUUCAGUAA